UGCGUGGGGAUUCCUAGGAUUACCCAGUGUACCCCGCGGGUAAAGAUGGCGAUAGAUGAAGAGGGUAGGAGAUCAACUUUGGCCGGGAACAACUAUACCUGAAUUUCGGUUUUAUAGAGAAUAAACCGUUAGUUAUCGGUUGUGUAAUUGCUUAAUGGUUAGGCACUUAUAUCAGUGUCAUUCUUGAGUCUAGUCUACGCAACGUGAUCGAAUAAUUACAGCGCAUGAGCUUCCUUCCUACCAAACUGCAGACAGCGUCCGUCCUAAGAAGAGCGGAUAAAGUUUAUUACGGAUCUGACUCAGCCCUCUGACACUGAUUUUUUAAAUUGUAUUAUUUGGGGUAACUAUAACAGCAGACAUUAAACAGAUUUCAGGAGCGCUCCCAAGGUUGCGCCAGGCUCGAGUGAUUCCAGUGAUUUCCGCUGAUUGCACAUUUCUCAGCACCGCUGCAUGCCCAGUGACUCACUAGGGCUGGAACAGCCACAUCAGCAUUGUACUGACCUCUGGAUCCAUUGCAUUAAAGCAGAGGUUAUCGGUAGCCCAGAGGUUCACAUGCCAAGAAAGCGAGGAGGAGGAGGGGCAGGAAGAGGAGCAAGAGGGGACACACCCAGGGCGAUCAGUCUGGAACACGUAGCAUACGCUCUUAAAGAAUGCCUGUGACUUAAGAACCUGUGGAUGAGGACGUCGCUGGAGUACCUCAGAAUUUGGGAAUAACCGACCGGACAGACGCUGAGCACCAAGGAUGACGAGCGCUACCCCGGCCAGGAAGCCGUACCGCAAGGCUCCGCCUCAGCACCGCGAGUCGCGCAACAACUUGCCCUCGUUCCUAGAGGACCUUAGUGGGAGCACGCCGCCUGCGCUUGCCAACACCGCUGGCCCCAACCCUCCUGACCCCUGCCAGGACUCCUUAUCAGAUGCAGACAGGAUCAAGAUCCUGCAGCAGCAGAAUGAAGAGCUUCGCCGGCGGCUCUCCCACACCACCCACAAGAUGGAGGCCAUGGAGACAGAGUUUGAGACCAGCCGCCACUACAUGCAGGGGGAGAUGGGUCGCACGCGCGACGACCUGGAGAAGAUGAGAGACAAGUUCCGCAGACUGCAGAACAGCUACACCGCCUCCCAGAGGGCCAACCAGGACCUGGAGGAGAAGCUUCAUUCCCUGCUCCGUAAGGUGGAGAGAGACAAGAAGACCACGGACCAGGAGAUAGUGGAGCUCACCAACAAACUCCUGGACGCCAAGAACACCAUCGACAAGCUGGAGGAGUUGAACGAGCGCUAUCGGCAAGAUUGCAAUUUGGCCGUGCAGCUUUUGAAGUGCAAUAAGUCUCAUUUCAGGAACCACAAGUUUGCAGAUCUGCCCUAUGAGCUGCAGGACAUGGUGAACAAGCACAUGAAGGCCAGUCUGCCGGAUAAGAGUUCCCAGGGGGCCCAGGGCCAGGACUCCGACACCAUGAGCCUGACGCCUGCCGACGUGGUGCCCACCUCCGUCAUUGCCCGUGUACUGGAGAAGCCUGAGCCUCUGGUGCUCAACUCUGCCCAGUCCAGCAGCAGCGCAGGCCGACCCCAGGCAGAGGACGUGUUUGUGCAUGUGGACAUGACUGGGCCCCAGGCCGAGGCAGGAAGAGGGGGUCGAGAGAAUGGGGGUCCCCGCCACAGCAGCAGAGUCCCAGCCCAAAGCAACCAGGCACAAGAGCUCCUCCAGCAGAACGGAAUGUGUCGAAGCCAGAGCAGCCUGUCAGCAGACGGCCAGCCAGGAGAGGAGGGUGGUGGGGCCUUUGAGAAGCUCAACCCCUACCCAGCCCCCCCUCCGCCCCAUCCCCUCUACCCCGGCCGCAAGGUGAUCGAGUUCUCCUCGGACGACAAGGUGAAGAUCCCCAAGAACAGCCCCCUGCCCAACUGCACCUACGCAACGCGCCAGGCCAUCUCCCUCAGCCUGGUGCAAAAUGACGAGGAGAACGAGCGCCAGCGCACUGUGCCCAACAGCCCCGCUGUGUCGGACGGGGGCUGGCGCUCUGGGGCUUCCUCCUCCUCAGGGGGAGGGGGGCAGCGUGACCCCUGUCGCACACCUACUCAGCUGGACACAGCAGACCCCAUUUCCAGUCAGUCCAGCCCCUUCAGCAGCCCCCCUCAGCCCCCUAGCGCCUUCGCCAGCUCAGGCAGCUCUGAGGAGGACCUGCUGGCCAACUGGCAGCGCAUGUUUGUGGAGAAGAUGGCACCAUCCUCUGAGGGCACCCUGGUCAACCGCACCUCUUUCAGCAGCGAGACAGUCAAGGACCUGGAGAGGACCCGGACCUGCAAGCCAGGGGGCGGGGGAUCCCACAGGGGGGCACUACGGGGAGCCUACUCGGACGGGGAGGAGGGGUCCUCCACUCGCAGCUGGACAGCUAGCCGAGAGUCCAGCCUGGACACUGACACCAGCAGCAUGGCUGACCUCCGCAACAGGAGGGGACAUUACGGAGCAGACUUCUCCACAGAGGAGAGCGAGCAGCUGCUGAUGGCCCUGGACAACGACCAAGACGACACCAGUGGCGACACCGUGUCAAUGGCCAUCACUGUGGAGACCAGCCUGGCGGAGGCCAAGAGGAAUGAGUUUGUGGAGGAGACGGGGUCUGUAGGCAGCUCUGCAGAGGAGAGAGACAUCCUGCCCCAGGACUUCCCUGUCAUAGUACCCAGGGUCCUGGCCGGGCUAGAGGACUACACAGAGAACACCCCUCCCCUCACGUCCAACUCCUCCACUUCCGGCCGACCCCUGAAGAGCCCAAAGAGGAUGGGAGUCCACCACUUGCACCGCAAAGACAGCCUGACUCGGGCACAGGAGCAUGGUAACCUGCUGGACUGAGACCUAGGGGACUUUUUCUCUCACUUCAUAUGUCGUCUGACAGACUAACUCUUCUCUGCGGGCUCUCUAUCUUACCAGCAAGGAAGGAUGAUUUGAGUCGACCAACAUACCUACGUGUUGGUCCUACCUUUGUCCGCGCUGCUGUCUCUCAUGAGUUUAGUCAGGAAAUAUGCACAUUCUCUAAUAACUACAUUCAAUAACUGAUUCUUUGGAGAUCUGUGCAAUGCCUGCCUGCCAGUUGAAUGGCAAAGUUCAUAGCGUUUCUUCUCUUGCCACUGUGAGCUGCAAACCUCUCCAGUAGCAGAACAAAGGGUCCUACAGGAGGUUCGUUUUUUUCUGUCUCUCAAACACUCCGAACUGUUGCCGGAGGAGAAGGGCGACUCCAGGAUAUAGCCAUACCGUGUCAUUUCCUGUGUGUAAACAUCCAGCCAGUGUGUUUUCAUGGAACAGCCGAGAUGGAGCUACGAUUCAGCUCAUCAUUUGAGAUGAUCGUUGAUAUGCAGGACUGGAAAACAGACAAUGUGGAUGGAGUCGUUGCCUUCUCCCUCCUGUGUUCUCUUUUGCUCUGAAUUUGUGUUCCCCCUCCCUAGAGAAAUGUUACGUCAUGCAGGCAUCUGAUGACAUGUGAACUUUUUCCUCUAUCGAUGAAUGGGGGAGAGGUUGAGCACUUGCAAGUGCAUGCUGUUGUCUGGGGUGGAUUGUGGACUGGACCCCCACACAGACUCUGUGCCUAUCCCUCUCUGUCUGAGGGGGUUUGUAACCCCCCCCCCCCCCCCCCAAUGCCUAGAAAUGUUCUGUUCUGACCCCCCUCUGAAUUUCCUGCAGUGUGCACUGGUUUGUUGAGCACCCACUCUUAAGGGCUCUCUUCUCUGAAAUUGGUCCACCACACAACAACUAGGAAGGUCACCCUUGAUUCCAGAAAUUCUAGGUCUCACUCUAAAGUUUAUUUUCUAGAUAACAAAAAUACAGUAUUCAUAUAUUUUUAUUAUUUGAUUUUGUUCACUUUUAUUAUUUCUUCAAUCACUACUUCAAAUAAUUUACAUUUUGGCCUUUUUUAUUUUUAAGCGACCAUUUUAUGCCAGAGGUGUUAACUCAACUAUUUAUAGAGAUAUUAUGACAAUGAUGAUCUAGAACAGUCAAUGUAUUUGUGUUCUCUGAGCUAGGGUAACCUACUAGUGGUGUAACGGUACACGUAUUUGUACUGAACCGGUUUGUACGGGGACCUGGGUUCGAUCCGCACUGUGUACCCAAAUGGAUACAUACAUUAAAAAAAUUAAAUAAAUAUAUAUCUCAAAGUUGCAAUCAAAAUUCUUAUCUUAAUUUGUGCAUUUCAAACCGUCCUUUUGCGAGGCGCAGCCGGGAACUAGUUCUGUAUGGCGAGUGGUGUGGUCGAUAAACCAGGAGGAUUCUCCAUCGUUUAAAUCUCCAGUUUUGGAAAAUGUUUGCUUCCUAGUAGAUUACAACAGCGAUGGAGAGGGAGAGUAUGUCGCCGCUGCACAACGAGAAGAGCCUAUGCAGCUGCCAACAUCUCAAACAUGUUGACACAUUUAGGCCAACAUCACCCCAGUAUUCCUACCACUGGAGCAAGACAGAAACGCCAAAAAAAGAACAACUUCGUCUCUCCUCUACAUUCAAGGAACCCUUCACAGCUGAUUCUGACCGGCCACAGAAACUACAAGAGCGAUGGGUAUGUUUAUAGCCGCGGAUAUGCGCCCAUUUUCAUUGGUUGAGAAAAUUAGGGGUUUCAGCACCUGGUGAAAUUGCUCGAGCAACAUUACGAUCUUCGCCCUCUCGUACCCAUUUCAGCCAACGGGUAGUUAGUACCCGCUCUAUAUAUAAGCAAGCUAAAAACCGAAGUUGUCAAUGAAUUGGCCAAUCCCACCCUGUGUUGCGCUUACUAAAGAUUGAUGGGCCUCCAGGGCGACAGAGCGCUACUUAUUAAGUGACAGCCCAUCACAUUACCCUGGAGUGGCAAAUGACAAGUAGCGUGCUACAGACAGGCCCCCUUUAUGAGAGUCACACAAGUGUUUGUUUUUCUCCUUGUAAGAAAACCUUAUAGCAUAGGCCUAUACAAUGUCUGAGCCAUGUUUACAUAUUGAUUUUACAUGCAUAUUGCACUUUAUUUUAGUGUUGAUGAGUAAUCGUGUGUUUUCAUUUAAGAAAAUACAAAGUGAUAUUCCUGGUUGUGCUCUCAUCAGGUAUUAUGAUACAUGAUCAUAUAUGGAAUCAGGAAUAACAGCACUUUGUAUUUUCUUAAAUAAACAACAAUUGAUUUCAUUUCCCCACUGUAAAACCGAACCAUGACCCCCAAAUGGCAAUACGUACCAAACCUUGGGUUUGGUGAACCGUUACACCCCUAUAACCUGAAGCUCUGUGUUCAGAGGGCAACUCAUGUCGUUGUUGUGUGUAAAUAUUAUUUCCAGAACUAGAUACGGAGAUAUAACAUUGGCUCUAUAAUUGAAGAUCAUUUCACUUUUGUUCUGUCAUUGGAUUUUUGUCAUCACUGUAUUUUCAUUUCAAGAAACAAACAGGCCGGUAGUACUAUUGGUAACUCUACUGUAUAUGGGGUAUUACAAUGGAAGACUCAUCUGGCAUGAAAGAUGGAGUCAGUAUUUUUCGGGAAGAACCAAGCCAUCCAUCUCCAGGCAUUGUUUGUGGAUGUGUUUUUCAAGUAUUCAUUGGGUUCUGGGUGAAAGUAAUCCUCCUUGAAGAUGCCUUCAAUUCUCAUUGUGUACCACUUCUGUGGGUAAUGUAUUUGUAUCUCAUACAGUACAUGUGUCCAGACCAUCUUAAGUGACCAGGGAUAAUGAAAGGCAAAAGGUCUGUGUGGUAUGACAGCUGGUUGAUGAUGAGAUUUGGGGUAAUUGUAGCGUUGACAAUAUCCUAACCAGGAAAGCAUUUUGAUUUGGUGUAUUACUCCGUCUCCAUUGUGGGGCGUUCACCGAGGAUGUCAUACAUAUCUGAUAAAUGGCUUGCAGUAUGUAACAUUUAUUUUCACUGUAGUUACUUUUUCAUCCACAUGCCUUUUAUAUGGAUCGGGAAUAUUUAUUAAUUAAUCAAGAGAUUAUUAUUUUUAUGAUUUUAUGAAUUGAUUUUGUGUACUUUUUUUCUUUUCAUUUGGUCCAUUAUAUUCAAUUGACUAAGUGUUCUGCAUUCAGCAAUGUUGAUUUUGUGUUCAUUUUAAUUCCAUUUGUUCAGCAUCAGACACUCAACUAUGUAGCUUUAGUACAUAAGGAUGAUUUACUGAUGGGGGGGGUGAUUUAUUUUUGUUGCCCUUUCUAACAGCUCUUUGUGUGGUUAUGAAGUCUACGAUACAGUCCUGCUGUUUUAUUGGUCCAAGAUUGACCGCCCACAGUGGGAGCUCUGCAGUUGCAUUCGUUAUAAGGCAGUAAUCCAGGAUACAGUUGCACGCCUGGUGCGGUGUUUCUCAACCCUCAGACAUGCUCGUGUCCACAUGGUGUCAGACUCUAAUCCGUCUGGUAUUAUAUGUUCAUGCCACCCUCUAUGGGCUGAUGACGGUGUAAUAUCAUUUCAAGUCCAUUGGCAGGCAGUGCAUGCAAGAACACAGAAACCACCUGGAGAAAAAUAUAUAUAUUCCUCCUUGAUGUCUCUUGAGCCUGCCCUGUACCUGGUAGAUGUGGGUUUCAGUCCCCCCUAAAAUCUCUGUUCAUAGACCAAGAAGUACAAGACAUAUCAAGGAAAUGGAAACAUUGUUCUGUUUAGUACUGUGCCGCUGCCGGUCACUGGGGUCAUAUUUGAGAGCUGUAUUCCCUCCUGAGUGAGAUGAGUCCCCAUAUCCCGGUAUAAAAGGCUCUCCACAUACUGUAUCCAAUGUGUUGGAAGCUUUCACUCCUGAUCCCUGAAUAAUUCAACUCCAUUGUGUUGUGUGACGGGACGUGGGACUGAGGGCUCAGAAAUCCACCUCACUUCACCUAUUUACAGCCUUUAAACAUUUUUAUUUUUAUUUUAGCUAUUUUAUUUUUGCUUAGUCUGCUUAUUGGUCUUUCCAUGAUGUCUAGAUGUGCUGUUAAUAGCCCGUAAUUAAUAGUUGUAACAACCCUUGGCUAAAUUAUUCAUGUUUUAUUACACUCAGAAAUAGGUCUCUAAUACUUCAAAAAGAGAAAGGAGGAAUGGUAGUCUGUCAUGGUCUUGAAACUGGAAAUGUACAUUUUUAAUAUUUAAUGGGCUCAUCAGAUGUGCUGUAGACAAGGUUUUGUGCAAAUACAAAAAUCAAAAUGGGGGGAGUAAAAGAGGAUAAAAUGUGCGGGGCUCUAAUUUACUCGGCAUUAUAAAUAGGCCUUUACAUCUGGUCUCCUGCAACUUUAAUGACUCCUCUUUCAAGAAUAUAAUUGAACACAUCUCUGCCCGACACAUCGCUUCUUUGAUCCAAGGUCACCUUCCCAGGAUGCUCCAGUCAUGUGGAGCUUUAUAAAAUUUAGUCUGAAAUGUUGAAAAAUGUCCGCUUCGUCGCUCUGAUGCGGUGUAAUAAACACACUGAUAAUCCCUCUGUGACGGUGACCGUUAACCGGUAGCUCACAGUUAAUUUGAAGGUGUAGGUCUUAGUCAGAGCAUGACUUAAACAGCCAGUCACAGUUGUCUCCAAUACAAUAUUUACACAGUGCCAAGGGUUUAUUGGAAAUAUUGAUAUUUGACUAACUGGAGCGUGAAGUAUUACAUUAUGCAAUUAGAAAACCCCGGCUCUACAUAUGAAUACAGAAGCAGGAUUUUAUAGUGUAAUCAUACAUUCUGAGCUUGGAAGUUGCAUUUGUGCUCUCUCUCGCUCAGCAUUAAUUUCUGCCAGGUGACAAAGCCAGUCCCUGCCCAAGGGCGGUGUUAUUGCAAUGGGAUGGUUCAUGAAUACUAAUAAAGAUGCUGUCUUGUCACAUCAAUGUAUGCAUCCAUUGCUGUUUAUUAUUCACCACGUCUCCUUUUUAUGGUGUUCAGUUGUCAAAUGAUCCCUUUGACAUGAAUGAAAUACAUGUUAAAUACUCAUGCCUAAUUCAGGACUUUUAUUUGGCUGGAGGUUGCCAUUUAAAAUAUACGGUGUGAUUGUGCUUAUUGGGGAACAAUACUGUUAUACCUAUCAUUUGAUUCUAGCGGACACACUGCCGUCUGGUACCUGUCGGUCCCAAACCAAACCCUGUCUAGCAGUCUUGCAUGGAGUUAAGUGUCAAUCAGAUUAUUUUCUCAUACUAAGAAAAGUGUGCUCCGUUGAGUUCUUUGGUUGCAUAUUAUCGCUCUCCUGAUGCAGUGUCUGUUCAUUCAUAGCUUUGUAGAUUUCCUUUUGAUUUGUAUGUAAGUGUAUGCUUCCAUGGUCAUAUGUAUCAUGUGAUUUUUAUUUUUUUUCAAAAGAAAAUUACUUGGGACAGAAUUAUACAAAAGACUGUUAAAACUGAACUCAUUUUUCUCUGAAUUUAACUGAUGUAUAUUUUAAAACAAAUUAAAUAUUUUAAACUUAAUUUGUGGUCUGGUUAUGUAGCCAUCUUUAUGUUACCUCCAAUAUUUUUACUUGGUUUGUUCCUUUUAAGAGGUUAAAGAGCGACUGCCCUUGAAAAUAAAUCCGUCUUGUUUUGAAAACGGC